AUGUUUCCUUCUAAAGAUAUCAUCAGUAGCACGUUUUCCUCACAGCACCCUCUAAACCAACCCGGAAAGCAGUCGCAACUUUCGAGAGCUCCAGGAACAAAAAGGCGGGAGGCGUUUCCAGCAUGGAGUGUGGUUGAUGAUACCAAAAGAAAGGCAGAUGCUUUUGCAAAGGAGGCGUCACGCGAAUUCAAUAUUGCAAGCCAAAAGGCCCAGGCCAAGACCGGCAAGAUUGAACCGUGGACUCCUAAAUAUUACGCAGCCUGUACAGUCGGCGGGCUUCUUGCUUGCGGCCUUACCCACACUGCUGUGACGCCACUGGAUCUCAUCAAGUGUCGACGCCAAGUUGACCCCCAGCUUUACAAAAGUAACCUAGAGGCUUUUCGUACUAUUCGCGCCGCAGAGGGCUUCAGAGGCGUCUUUACUGGUUGGGGGCCUACCUUCUUUGGAUACAGCGCCCAAGGAGCAUUCAAGUACGGUGGCUAUGAGUUUUUCAAGAAGUUCUACAGCGACCUUGUUGGAGUAGAGAACGCAAAUCGCUGGAAGACGUCCCUGUAUCUCACAGCCAGUGCAUCUGCAGAGAUCAUUGCUGAUGUAGCACUCUGUCCUUUCGAGGCCGUCAAGGUGCGUAUGCAGACAACAAUCCCACCUGAUAUCCGAUCGACUUUCACAGGGAUUUCCAACGUCGUUUCGAAGGAAGGGGUGGCUGGACUUUACAAGGGUCUAUAUCCGCUGUGGGGUCGGCAGAUUCCGUACACCAUGAUGAAGUUUGCUUCAUUCGAGACCAUCGUGGAGAUGAUCUACAACUACCUACCGGGUCAGAAGUCUGAUUACAAUAAAGGCGCACAGACUGGGGUGGCUUUCACUGGUGGCUACUUGGCUGGUAUUCUAUGCGCUGUUGUAUCCCAUCCCGCUGAUGUGAUGGUGAGUAAGUUGAACGCAAACAGACAGCCUGGCGAAGCCUUUGGUGCCGCUAUGGGCCGGAUCUACAAGGAAAUUGGCUUCGCUGGCCUGUGGAAUGGUCUUCCCGUCAGAAUUGUCAUGAUCGGAACUCUGACCGGUUUGCAGUGGAUGAUUUACGAUUCUUUCAAGAUCUUCAUGGGUCUUCCCACCACCGGUGGAGGACCUACCGUCGAACAGAAGAAGUAG